UCAGCCAAUGAAUGCACAGUCAAUUGAGCCUACUGUUUCCACGUUCGGUAGAGAAGGAAGGGGACGAGAGAAGCAUUGCACUGCGGGUUGCCUGAGCUGUUUGGUCCUUUUCCUUUUAGAUCCGCCUAUCAACACGCCCUUGUCCCUGUAAUAAAUAACGGUGAGUCUCGGCAGACGACAACAGGUCAAAGGGGCUGCUUUUCUGCUUGUUUUUCCCUGUUCCUGCCACCUGUAUCCUGCAUCAAGGUGCUCACUACUUCUAUUUCUCUGUCAGAAGACCAUGGAUACAGAAAUUGACCAGCAAGAAGAGACUUCAUUCAGCAACACAGAAACUAAUGGUAAGCGCCCUGCUGAGGAUGCAGAUGAGCAAAAAUCAUUCAAACGCUCCAGGAACUCGGAUGAGAUGGUUGAGCUCCGCGUUCUCCUGCAGAGCAAAAAUGCAGGGGCUGUAAUUGGCAAAGGUGGAAAAAACAUCAAAGCCCUUCGUACAGAUUACAAUGCCAGUGUGUCAGUCCCAGACAGCAGUGGGCCUGAGCGAAUCCUGAGCAUCAGUGCAGACAUAGAGACUGUUGGAGAAAUCCUGCUCAAGAUUAUCCCAACAUUAGAAGAGUACCAGCAAUAUAAUGGUAUGGAUUUUGACUGUGAGCUGCGUCUGCUGAUUCACCAGAGCCUGGCUGGCUCAAUCAUCGGGGUGAAGGGAGCAAAGAUCAAGGAGCUCCGUGAGAACACAAAGACUAGCAUCAAGUUGUUUCAGGAGUGUUGUCCCCAAUCGACCGACCGUGUAGUGCUGGUUGGUGGUAAAACAGAGAGGGUGGUUGAGUGUAUCAAGACUAUGCUGGAGCUGAUCUCUGAAGCACCUAUAAAAGGCCGCACUCAGCCCUAUGACCCCAAUUUCUACGAUGAAACGUAUGAAUAUGGUGGUUUUACCAUGAUGUUUGAGGAGAGAGGUGGUGGCCGCAGACUCAUGGGAGGCUUUCCCAUGAGAGGAGGCAGAUCGAGUGGUGGUGACCGUGGUUAUGACCGAAUGCCCUCCAGCAGAGGGGGACGAGGACCACCUCCACCUUCCCGCCGUGACUAUGAUGAAAUGAGCCCCCGUCGAGGUCCUCCUCCACCCCACCCCAGUCGUGUUGGUAGGGGCAGUGGUCGUCCACGCAGCAUGCCUAUGGGUCACCCACACAGAGGCGGAGAUGAUCGUUACUAUGACUCGUACCGCGGCUCAGAUGAAAGGUCAAAUGACAGAAGAGGCAGACCAGAUCGCUAUAGCGAUAACAUGAGUGGCGGUGGAUAUGACAACAGUUCCUCCUGGGAUAGCUACCCAUCAGGUGGACGUGGCUCCUAUAAUGACAUGGGUGGCCCUGUUAUCACCACACAAGUGACGAUCCCUAAAGAUCUGGCAGGCUCAAUCAUUGGUAAGGGAGGCCAGAGGAUCAAACAGAUCCGCCAUGAGUCUGGGGCCUCUAUCAAGAUCGAUGAACCCCUGGAAGGUUCUGAAGACCGAAUCAUUACCAUUACUGGAACCCAGGAUCAGAUCCAAAACGCCCAGUACCUUCUACAGAACAGUGUGAAGCAGUACUCGGGUCAUUUGCUGUAGAGCCAGGAAGCGCAAAUCAAGGCAUACUCAGAUUGACCCCAUCCCCCAAUCCCUCCUCUCAACCUUUCUGCCCCUAUCUAAAACAUCCCUUUCAGACUAUUAUUCUGGAUUGUGGGUGUCUUUUUGAGUUUUAUUUUUGUAUUUUUUAAUUAAAUAAAUGUCCAACAUUCCUGUGCAUCAAAGAAAAUGUAGAAGAUCUGCAUUUUAAAGUGUAGACCAAUAGUUUAUCAGAUUUUUUUGCUUUUUUUUCUAACCGUAUAUCAAAAUAUCUGGGACUUCAACAGACAAAAAUAAACAUAACCUUUAUUUUUUUUUUUUUUUAGUGUUUUAUUUUUUCUUUUAAAUGACUAAAGGUGUGUUUGUGUCUGUGAAUCUGUCCUGUGUGCGCAUGUCAGUGUGUGUGGGUUGGUAUGCUUUGUCUUUUUUCACACACAGUUAUACUCUACUACCACUCUGUGCAACAUGCAGAAUGUAAGAUGAUUUUGUUUUUUUGUUUUUUUUGUUUUUUAAGUGCUCUGGGGAAAUUCACUCUAUAGACUGGAUAUUACAAUGUUUAAGUUGGGAGUUGUGUAUGCACCAGAUGGAAGAUAAUCUAAUAAAAGGAUGAUUUUGUGUAAUAAACCCAAAUUGUUUGAGUAACUUCACAAAUGCAAACACUGAAGUUGGAAAUUUGUUAAGGCAGUUUAUUGGAGAUUUGUCAAAUGAUAUACUUUUUCUAUUUUGUCCUUGCAAUUCCAUGUGCUCUACACGUUGCUCCCCACGCUGUGGACUUUUGUCAACUUGUAAGACAAAUAAAGAUGCCACUUUUUACCGAA